AUGAAGGCACAGGCAGCUCUGACUUUCUUCUUCAUUCUUAUACCAUCUCUAUGUGGAUCUCAAGAUAUGUCCUUUUUAGCUUCCUUCAGUCAUGUUAGUAUGAGUGAGCAAAUAGUCAUUGGAAGACUUGAUGAAGAUGUAAUUCUCCCUUGCUCAUUUGAGAGUGGGCCUGAUGUUGUAGUUCACUGGCAGAAUCAAGGUAACUACGUUUACUCAUACUACAAAGACAGUGACCAGUUGGAAAAGCAAGAUCCCAGAUAUGUAAAUAGGACAUCCCUCUUCCACGGUGAAAUUCACAAUGGGAAUGCCUCCCUAUCUUUCAAAAGAUUACAGCUUCAGGAUGAAGGAAUUUACAUAUGCUAUGUGGGAACAUCACCUGGAAAAAUCAUAAACAAAGUGGUACUAAAAGUGGGAGCUUUUGUCACACCUGUGAUGAAGUAUGAAAAGAACGCCACAAACAGCUUCUUAAUAUGCAAUGUGUUAAGUGUUUAUCCUUAUCCAAUUAUCACAUGGAAAGUGGAUAAUACACCUAUCUCUGAAAACAAUAAGGAAGAAGUCGGAUCUUUGGGUCCUUUUUAUAUUAACAGUAGAGUAAAUAUUACAGGAUCAAAUUCAUCUUAUCAAUGUACUAUUGAAAACACAUUGCUGAAGCAAACAUGGACAGGGAGAUGGACAAUGAAAGAUGGCCUUCGUAAAAUGCAAAGUGAAAACGUUUCACUCUCGUGUAAACCUGAAAACAGUUUUUUCCUACCAAAUCAAGAUUUCAUAGUCAUUUGGUCCAGAGUGGACAGUGGGAAUUCUUUGGUCCUGGCUUACUUUCUGAACUCCUCACAAGAAACAAUUAUCAAUGAACCCCUACUUUCACGGAACAAAGAGCUGAUAAACCUGCAUGACUUCUCUUUGACUUUGAAGGAUCUUCGUCUUUCAGACAGUGGGGAAUACUUGUGCAAUAUUUCUUCAAGCAAGUAUACUUUACUCACCAUCCAAACACUGCAUGUAGCUUAUAGACUUUUUGUUUUUUAUUUAGAAGCAAGUCAAGGAACAGUUGUCGGAAUAAUUGUUUCAACAUUGGUGGCAGUCGCAGUUUUGUUGCUUUCAGGGGUAACUCUAGCCAUUAAAUCAAGAAGAUGCAUCUGUUUCCGCACAGAAGGGCAACCACCUACUGAUCAGAGAUCUAGCCAUGCCGGUACUGCAGAAGAAAACAUGGCUCUUUCAGAAUAUUCAUUCAUUAAAGGAACUGAAGACAGGAGUUGA